CGGGGAGAAGCGGGCCCUUGCCGGAAAAAGCUCGCACGUGUCCAAGCGGGGGACGGUUCCUACGGGGUCGCGUGGCUUCUCCCUUUCGUCAGCUGAGGCCAUGAGCUGCCCCGUCACCUGCGCUGCUUGGGUUCCUCGCGGCGUCGCCAAGGAGACGCCCGACAAGGUUCAUCUUGAAACAGAUGAAUUGAAACGCUUGGUCUCUGAAGCCAAAGAGAGACUGCAAGAUGCUAGUGAUGAUGAUGAUGGUGAACAGGAAGAGGCUUCAGGAGGCACAAUGGAUGUUGCUGAUGCUGAGGCAACUAGCUCAGCUCCCAAUGAUGAGGACCAUGAAGAAAAUGAAAAGCUGGAUGACGAUGAACUGGCAGAAUAUGACCUGGAUAAUUAUGAUGAGGAAGAUGAAGGCACUGAGAGUCUUGGAAAGACCCUAGCAGGUCUCACAGUGUAUGGAAGCAAUGAAAAUGAUCCUUACGUCACUCUUAAAGAUACAGAGCAAUAUGAACAUGAAGACUUCAUGAUUAAGCCCAGUGACAACUUUGUCGUGUGUGGCAGAGUUGAUAAGGACCACUGCAGUCUAGAAGUUCACGUUUAUAACCAUGAAGAGGACUCGUUUUACGUCCAUCAUGAUAUCCUCUUAUCAGCAUAUCCUUUGAGUGCGGAAUGGCUGAACUUUGAUCCUAACCCAGAAGAUUCUGCAGGGAAUUAUGUUGCUGUGGGCACAAUGAGUCCUGUUAUUGAAGUGUGGGACCUUGACGUAGUGGAUAGUUUAGAGCCAGUCUUUUCCCUCGGAAGCAAGAAAGCAAAAAUGAAGAAGAAGAAAGGGAAAAAGAAUGCAUCUAAAGAAGGCCACCAAGAAGGGCAUACCGAUGCAGUGCUUGACCUUUCAUGGAAUAAACAACUCAGAUCUGUGUUGGCGAGUGCGUCAGCCGACCACUCCGUAAUUCUUUGGGAUAUGUCGAGGGGCACACCAGCAGCAACGCUUUCUCUUCACACAGACAAGGUGCAGACGCUGCAGUUUCAUCCAUUUGAAACACAGACUCUUGUCUCUGGUUCUUACGACAAAUCAGCAAUUUUGUAUGACUGCAGAAGUCCACAGGAUAACCAUCGAACCUGGCGCUUCAGUGGGCAGGUUGAAAGAGUGACUUGGAAUCAUUUUUCCCCUCACCACUUCUUGGCCAGCACAGAAGAUGGAUUUGUAUACUGUCUGGAUGCUCGUUCGCACAAACCAGUAUUUACAAUGAAAGCUCAUAACGAAGAAGUAUCUGGACUACAGUUAAGCAGCCAGAUUAAAGGAUGUCUUGUGACAGCAUCUGCAGACAAAUAUGUGAAAAUUUGGGACAUAUUGGGAGAUAAACCUAGUUUGGUUCAUUCCAGGGACAUGAAAAUGGGUGUCCUCUUCUGUGCAGCAUCUUGCCCAGACUUACCAUUUGUUUAUGCCUUUGGAGGAGAGAGACAAGGAUUACGUGUUUGGGACAUAAGCACAAUUUCUGCAGUGAAUGAAGUGUUUGGAAACCGACAGAGGCUGGUGGUUGCCACAUCAAGUUCUGAAGCAAAAAAUUCUGCUAGUGGCUGCAGCAGUGAUCCAGAUGCUGUAAUGGAACCGUGAUCUGGUAUUACAUUUUGCACUGUAUAAUAUAAAGUGAAUAUUGAUACCAUGACUGUGCAAAAAUGAUUUAUCUACACCUUGGAGGAUAUUGGGCAAAUCUAAUCUUACAAUCUGUUAAUGUAAAAGCUUGAGCUGCCCAUAUAAGCUUUUCUCUCUAAUGAGCAGUGAGCAGAAAGGGAAAUUACACAAAAAACUUGCCUCAGCACUUGGUUUUCAUGCAAUGUAUUCAUUCUUUGGGAAGUGAAGAUUUUAAAAUAUGUAUCUAACUUCAUCAAGAAGUCCUUAAGUGCUUCAAGGGGGGAGAAAAGAUUCCUACAUGAGCAGAAAAGGUUUGAGGAAAAGAAUGGUAAUUAAUGCAUGCGUUAAAAAGCAGUGUUUUAAUUUUUCCAUAAGGAAACAGAUUUUAAAUGAAUCUUCAUUCCAUAAAUAUAUUAGCAGCAGAACUCCCCAAAAUACAUGGUUAUUAGUAACCAUACAGGUAAUACCAUAUGGCACUAUAUACAGCAAAUUGCUGGCUCAUGCUAAAACCAAAUCUGCAUUAUAAGCAUGCUUUCCUGUAUUGAUCCCGUACUGUAUAUUAACAGUAUCAUCUGCAAAUACUAGUUGUCUUAACACAUGGGCAAUUCAUUGGCGUACAAUGAAUAUUGAUUUAAGUAAGUUCAUAUUGAGCCCAAACUAAUGUAUACAUCACUUGGGGUGGGGGAGGAGUCAGGGCACUGUUCUGCUGUGAUGGCAUACAAAUCAAAUUUAUUAUCUGUAAAUGAGGGUAUCUGUUCUUGUUCCAAGCAGCUGACUAGAAUACAGAAGUGUAGCUGUCAGUUUUUCUUAAGUCAUGCAUUGCACUUCAACCAAAUCACCAGUAGCAGUUUCCACACUUGAAGUGGAUAGGUGAUAAGUUUGUUUUUACCCUUCUUGGAAACCUCUGAGUGCAUGCGCCAUUUUCAUAAGGGGGUGAGAUCUGGUCCUUGCCCAGAAAUUCACUGUAGUGUAAUAAACAUGAUUUUAGGAA